UGGCAGCCCGUCCCUGGGGCUGUGGGGGGAGCCCCGUCUGCCCUCCCCACGGCAGCCGGGGGGGGGGGAGAACAGCUGGUCCAGCAGCGAGGGAGGGGCCUUGAACCAAGCGGAGGGACCUGGGCGCUGAGCCGGGGGCAGCCUCCCAAGCCCCCGUCCCGCAGCAGCUGAGGAUGUGGGGAAACGCUGCCCUCGGCCAGCCGGGGCUGUCUCGCACCCAGCGCCCUGGGCAGGGCAUCGCCGGGCGGGCACCUGCUGCAAGUGGCUCUGAUGAAGUGCGUGCUGAUCGCCAGCGAGGGGGCGGAGGUGCUGUUCUACUGGGCCGACGAGGAGUUCACAGAGAGCCUGCGCCGGCGCUUCUGCCAGGCGGAGCAAGGGGGGCGCGAGCCGCCUGCCUUCGAGGACAGCAUCAACACGCUCUUCGCCCCCAUGAUCAUCUCCUGCGGGACGCUGCUGGAGCGGCUCUCGGACACCUACACCUGCUUCUCGGCUGAGGACGGAGGCCACCUCUACGUGCUGCACAUGUUCGGGGAGUGCCUGUACAUCGCGGUGAACGGUGACGGCUCGGAGAGCGAGGACGACCUGCGCCGGAAGCUCUAUGUGCUGAGGAGACUGGCCGAGGCUCACUUCGGCCUGGUGACGCUGGACUCACACCUUGUCUGCAAGGAGUUGCGGCCGGCGGACUCGGAGCAGCGCAGCCGUGUGUGGGCCCUGUUCCAGGGUCUGCUCCAGACCUACAGCAGCCUGCGGGAGGCCGAGCAGAGCUUUGCCGUGGAGGCCGUGGAGCGGCUGAUCCACCCCCAGCUGUGUGAGCAGUGCAUCGAGUUCCUGGAGCGCCAGGUGGUGCAGCACAUCAAUGCCAGCGGGCAGCGCGGGGGCGAGGAGGUGGUGCACGCCUUCCUGCUGGUGCACACCAAGCUGCUGGCCUUCUACUCCAGCCGGAGUGCCAGCACCAUCCGCCCAGCCGACCUGCUCACCCUCAUCCUCCUGGUGCAGGACCUGUGUCCCAGCCCCAGCGCAGAUGAGGACCUGAGCCCCCAGCUGGCAGAGGGGGGGCUGACUCCCCAGAGACCGAGGAGCAGCGAGAGCAUCCCAGUGAAGAGCCCAGGCCCACACGGCACCCCCAGGAGCGAGGCAGAAGAGCAGGAUGCGGACGAGAUCUCCAUUCCCGAGGAGUAUUACACCCCCCAGCCCUCGCCCAGCAGGCAGAGCACAGGAGGUGCCAGCUGGUCGGAGGGCUCAGAGCCGCCGGGCUCCGGGGAGGCAGAUGCUGCUGAUGUCCAGGUGGCAGAAGACUCGCUCCAGGCCCUGGUGCCCCCAGUGCCCAACGCCUCCAACCCCAGAAGGAUCUUCCUGGAUGCGAACCUGCGGGAGGGCUACUGCCCCAUGGUGCCCCACACCAUGUACUGCCUGCCGCUCUGGCCUGGCAUCUCGCUGGUGCUCCUGACCAAGAGCCCCAGCACCCACAUCGCCUGCUCCCUGUACCAACUGCUGGAUGGGUUCCUGGUGCUGGAGAAGAAGCUGAGGGAGGGGCAGGAGGUGGGGCCACCCACCCGCUCCCACCCACUCCUGGCUGAGCUGCGCCAGAGGAUGGACAAGUUUGUGAGGAAGCUGGGCAGGCAGGACAUGCAGUUACACAACGCCUGGCUGGAGUUCAAGAGCAAAGCGUUCUCCAGACAGGAGUCCGGGAGCUCCAGGGAGCUCCUGCAGGCGCUCGGCAACGUGAGGCGGCAACUCUGCUCCGUCUAUCGCCAGCUCUUCCUGACCUCACUGCCGGCCCAGGGCCUGGCCCAGGGCCUGCAGGACUGGGCCCAGAAGCUGGUGCGGGAGAAGCUGCUGGACUGGAGGGACUUCCUGCUGGUUAAGAGCAAGCGGAACAUCACCAUGGUGUCCUACCUGGAGGACUUCCCAGGCCUGGUGCACUUCAUCUAUGUGGACCGCACCGCCGGGCAGAUGGUGGCACCUUCCCUCAAUGUGGCCGACGACUCUGCCUCGGAGCUGGGCAAGGGCGCCCUGGCUGCCUUCAUCAAGAAGAAGGUCUGGUCCCUGAUCGGGCUGGCGCGGCGCUACCUGCAGAAGGGCUACACGACACUCACGUUGCGGGACGGCGACUAUUACUGCUCCUACUUCCUCUGGUUCGAGAGCGAGCUGGGUUACAAGCUGGAGGUGAUCGAGGUUCCCGUUCUCUCCGACGACUCUGCUCCCAUUGGGAUGCUGGCAGGGGAUUACUACAGGAAGUUGCUGCGAUACUAUAGCAAGAACCACCCGGCCGAGGGGGUGAAGUGCUACGAGCUGCUGACGCUGCACCUGGGCGUGAUCCCUGCCGAGCGUGUGAUCCAGCAGGCCUGCGACCUGGCCCGGCGGCUCUGGGAGCCCUCACGCAUCCCCCUGCUCUGAGCCACGCGGGCUGGCAGCGAGUGACCCCCCAGGGGCUCCUCGCUCUGAGUCAGACUGGUCCCUGGGCUGCCUGCAACAGGCCCCUCGCAGCCCCCCACCUCGCUCGGCCCUGCAGCCCCCCGGGCCUGGCUGGGAGACCAGCGCCAGCCAACAUCCUGCCGUCAGCUCCCCGCCUGCUGAAACCCACCCUCCAAGGGCCAGGGGCGCUCCCCCUGAGCUGCCCAGGGCGGGGGCUGUUGGACGGGCAUGGCCAGGGUAGCGUAUCUGUACGUGCCAUGCUCCAGGCUGGCAUUAAAGCUGGUGCACUUGGUCAGCGUGGGGCACUCCCUGAUUCCUCCCCGUCUGCGUCAGGGGCUUGGCCUUGCCUGUGGACCUGCGUGUGCAAGUACAUGGACAGACGUUUGCACGCACACGGAGACGUGCCUUCCCCAGCCUGAUGCUAAGGAGGGUUCACGGUGCUCCCGCCAGGACUGGGUCCUUCUUCCCGCCGUGUGGGCAGGGCCCAGCCAGCUCCCGGGCAGGUACUGGCCAGGCCUCUGCCCUGCCUGCCUCCUGCACUAUGGGGGGAGUUUUCCAGGGCAGAGUCCGCUAGCUUCUCACCUAAGCCUGCAAACCAACGGCCCCUCCUCUCUGGCUCCCCAGCCCCUAGGACGAAGUGGUCUACAGCUGCCCCCAGCAUCUGUUCCCCAAGGGGGACAGCCCAGCCUGCCCCAGGGCUCUACUCUCCCAGCUCCAGCACUGGGGCCUCCCUUCAUCCCCACCCCCAGUGGCCAGUGGGCUCGGGCUUGCUAAGCCAGGGUGCAGCUGCUCCUAGCCACACAUGCAGGGUGCCCAGGGGCACAGCUGCCUUGCUGGGCCCCUUGCUGUGUGGGGCCAGCUCUCCCCAGCCCGUGCCUAGGGGAAGGUUUUGCCCCACAGCGGGCUGGGUGGUUGUGACAAACUGGGACUGUUCUUAAUGUGGUCUUUGAAUGCUGAGGGGGGAGUGUUGCCUGGGAAGGUGGCAGGGGGGUUUGGCUGGGACGGUCUGCACUGGGGGAUGGGAGACUGGCCUUGAGGGAAGAUAUGGGAGCAGGUAAUGUUACAACCCAGGAGGGUGCUGGGGCCAGGUGACACCUCUGCCCGGGAAACUGGACAAAGGCUGGGGGAGGAGCCGGGGGAGGCUGGGGGAGAGACGCUGGAGGGAGUGGGAGUUAUCAGGAGCUGGCUGGUACUGGAGGGAGCCCAGACGGGGCUCUGCCCCCCCCAAUGGGGCUGGGAUGCCCUGGGACCCCAAGCUGGACCUAACUGAGGGGGUCCCUGUUGUCUGUGCCUGCAAGACCUGUCUUGGACUGUAUCCCUGUCAUCUAAAUAAACCUUCUGCUUUACUGGCU